UCCAGCGUGUCUCAGCAAAACAUCAAUCAAGGAAACGAAUUUUACUAAUCAAAUAAGUGUGAAUUUUGUUCAGAGAUAAUUGCUUGUGCUCAUGUCAAGAGUUGACUUUAUAUCUUUCAUAUUGUUUAAUUUUAUAAGUGGGCACCGAAUACCAAGUGAAGUCUCAUCUCAGUACUUAAAGUCUGCAUACCGCUUGCACUCGAAAGGUCUGGAGCCUACCAUUUCCGGAUUGGAACAAACCCCCAAGCAAUGACCGAAUCAAGUAGUGUGUUGACAGGUGAAAGUAGUGGUGGAAGAUACCCAAGACGUGCCCUUCCGCAUAAAAAUUACAAAGAACCCUCUGUUCCUGAUGAGGACACUUUGAUCUAUUGCAAUUCAUGCCACGACACUUUUGAAGGAGGUUGCAAAAUUCACAAGCUGCUUUAUGUAAAGGAUACACCUGUUCCGAUCGACAAGGAUGAUAAGCUACGCGCUCUAAAAACUGUGCCGGAGGGUUUGAUGGUCGGCGUCUCGUCAAUUCCAGGAGCAGGAGACGGUGUCUGGACUAUUAAGACCAUCAAGAAGGAUACCCUGUUUGGCCCUUACGAAGGUGUUUAUAAGAGGAAAUCUGACAAUAUUUUAACCAAUUAUAGUUGGGAGAUAAAAAAGGAAAGGAAGCCAAUCAGCUUUGUGGAUGCACAAGAUAUAGCGACCAGUAACUGGAUGCGAUUUGUCAACUGUGCCAGGAGCACCUACGAACAGAAUCUUGUUGCACACCAGUACAAAGGCAAAAUUUACUACCGAGCAUUUGAUGACAUACCCUCUAACAGAGAAUUAUUCGUCUACUAUGGAAGUAAAUUCGCUGAAGAGCAGCUAGGAAUCAAAAAUUUCCAAGAAUAUAAGGAUCUACCACAGUCGGUUUUCCUAUGCCCACACUGCGCUUUGGGAUAUUCUUCCCUGCUGCCUCUAAAUAACCACAGUAGAGUCUGCCGGAUGCGAUAUCUAUCAGAGGAGGAAAAAGAAAAGCUACAGCAGAAAAAACUACCUCAGUCACCAACCCAGAAUCUAUGUUCGUUCGGCGUGUGCGUUGUCUGCAAUUCGAGAGUCUUACCUUCCGGCACAGCUCAGAAGACGAGCAAGAAAUGCGACAACUGCGUGUUCAAGGAUGAGGAGAGUGUCCUACUCCCCAUGAAGAAAAUAAGUGACAAGAAUAGACCGUUCUCUUGCACUUAUUGUGAUAAGACAUUCACCCAAUCCAGUCAUUUGGAUAGGCAUUUAAGGACGCAUACGGGCGACAAACCAUUCUCUUGUACUUAUUGUGAUAAGAAAUUCACCGAAUCCAGUAUUCUAAAUAAUCAUCUAAGGACGCACACGGGCGAAAAGCCAUUCUCGUGCACUUAUUGUGAUAAAAAAUUCACCGCAUCUGGUCAUUUAGAUAGGCAUUUAAGGACGCACACAGGCGACAGGCCAUUCUCUUGUACUUAUUGUGAUAAGAAAUUCACCGAAUCUGGUCAUUUAAAUAAGCAUUUAAGGACGCACACGGGCGAAAAGCCGUUCUCUUGUUUUUAUUGUGGUAAGAAAUUCACCCAAUCCAGUGAUUUAAAUAAGCAUCUGAGGAUGCACACGGGUGAAAAGCCGUUCUCGUGCACUUAUUGUGAUAAAAAAUUCACCGCAUCUGGUCAUUUAGAUACGCACUUAAGGACGCACACGGGCGAAAAGCCGUUCUCUUGUACUUAUUGUGAUAAGAAAUUCACCCGAUCCAAUCUUUUGAAUGAGCAUAUAAGGACGCACACGGGCGACAAACCAUUCUCUUGUUUUUAUUGUGAUAAGAAAUUCACCCAAUCCGGUCAUUUAAAUAGGCAUCUAAGGACGCACACAGGCGACCAGCCAUUCUCGUGCACUCAUUGUGAUGAGAAAUUCACCCAAUCCGGUCAUUUAAAUAGGCAUUUAAGGACGCACACGGGCGACAAGCCGUUCUCGUGCACUUAUUGUAAUAAGAAAUUCACCCAAUCCGGUACUUUAAAUAGGCAUCUAAGGACGCACACGGGCGGCAAACCAUUCUCGUGUACUUAUUGUGACAAGAAAUUCACCAAAUCCGGUGAUUUAAGUAAGCAUCUAAGGACGCACGCGGGCGACAAACCAUUCUCGUGUACUUAUUGUGACAAGAAAUUCACCCGAUCCGGUGAUUUAAGUAGGCAUCUGAGGACGCACACGGGCGAAAAGCCAUUCUCGUGCACUUAUUGUGAUAAGAAAUUCACCCAAUCCGGUACUUUAAAUAGGCAUCUAAGGACGCACACGGGCGACAAACCAUUCUCGUGCACUUAUUGUGACAAGAAAUUCACCCAAUCCGGUGAUUUAAGUAGGCAUCUAAAGACGCACACGGGCGAAAAGCCGUUCUCUUGUACUUAUUGUGAUAAGAAAUUCACCCGAUCUGGUCAUUUAGAUACGCAUUUAAGGACGCACUCCAACGACUGACCAGUUUCGUGCACUUAUUGUGAUAAGAAAUUCACCAAAUCCUGUAAUUUAAGUAGGCACUUAAGGACGCACACGGUUGGCAAGUCAUUCUCUUAAACUUAUUUUAAUAAAAACUUUCGACCAAUUCCAGUAAUUUCAGUAGGCGUUUGAGGACCCAGUACAGCUAGGUGACAAUCCAUUCUCUUGCACUUUUGAUGAGAAGUACAACAAAUUAGAUCAAUUAAAUAUGCUUGGAAGGACGCACGCGGCGGACCAGCCAUUCUCGUGCACUUACUGUGAUGAGUUUACAGACUCCAGUAAUUCUAGUAAGAAUUUAAGGACCUACAUAGAUAACAAGCCACGGAACAUAUAAAGUAGCCGAUAUUAGACGUCCAGCGGGUCGAUUGUUGAAUAGUUAUCGAUUAAUCGUAAUCGAUAAAUCCCUAUCUUAUCGAUGAUACUUAUCGAUUAAGGUUCUUCGAUAUCGAUUCAACCAUCGAGCCGCUGCGAAAUGAUUUUUUGAAUGGUUAUCGAAAAACCUGAAUCGAUUAAUGCCGUUACUAAUGGACCACUAGACAAGGUACGGAUACAUGUAUCUUAACUAGAAUUUCACGUAAAACACGA